AUGGAGCAGCUACCGUUGGGUCCUAAUAGUCUGCACUUAAUGCAACAUCUGCACGAAGGCCAGCGCUACGACCGCCAGCCAAGACUGUUACCGGAGGUGGACGGCGUCACGUGUCUGACACACCACGAGGCGCAGGUUGACAUUAAGAGCAUCCAGCAUCAACUCGCGACGUUUGAAGCGCGAUCGGGUGUUAAAUUGCCUGGCGGACGUCCGAAUGUUGGCGAUAAGGACCAUCGUAGACUGUUUCUAGUGGACGAGAACGACAGUGAAGACGACAUGCCGUUGGCUGCAGCGCUAAAGAAUCGUCGCUCUAGACCUAGCGGCGUUAUUGCACCAGAGGAGAUUGUUGAGUCUUUACCGGCUGCUCGCCGUGCUGUGCGCAUCACCCAACGUGAGCUUCAAGCCAUGAGAAUUGAGCGUGAAGAUUUAGAAAGAGCCUUCGUGAGACAUCGCUGCACGCUGCUGUGGCAGGUAGGCGAGAUGAAGCGCAUGAAGAAGCAGCACGAUCGCGUGACACGUGCGCUGAGUCGCGACGUGGCAGACACUGCGAAAGGCCUGGAGUCAAGUCGUCGUCGUACGAGUGCACUGCAGGACAUUAUGACGGAGCUUGAAGCAAGAGGAAGCCGCCUCUUGCGUCUCGCUCGUGAGAAGAGCAGACUUGAGGCGACGCUGGAAGCGCAGGGCAUCGAACUCCCGGAGAUUGACGAGGUUUGUGUCGGUGAUCGUGUGAAAUGUGCGCCAUUCGGAACUGGUCGAGUGCUCGAGUUGCGUCUAGAAACAAGGCAACUGGAGGUUAAACUGGACUUCGGUGGCGUUGGAUACAUUCAAGAAGAAAGUGUGGAAGUGCUGCCAUCGGACAUGAAGUAUGCGGAGGCCGAAGAAGAGCUGAAAGUGCGCUUUUUCGAGAAGAUUGGCAAGCUGGUUCAGCCUAAUGGCAAGCUGCGUAUGCUCAGCGGGGCCGUUGAGUAUCCGUUGGACGACAGUGAUGAGGACUCUGAGUCUAGCGAUGGAAGUGAAGAAUUGUCAUCAGAAGACGAAUCGGCGGUCGAGUCUAUAGAAGAAUUAAGUCAACGCAGAGGCAAGAAGCGACGACUGAUUAUGACGCCACUGCCGGGAACGGGCUCGAAGAAGUCGAAGAACCGUCGAGUGAUCGAGUUCCCUGCGUCCACGGUCCCGAUCACCCCGUUUGACACGGGACUCUUGAUCAGUCCGCUGAGUAGACUGCCAGAGCGAGUGGCUGCUGUCGGUCCGAAUGCACUCCAGUGGCUUCCGUCGUAUCUGCCUAAGAAUAUGGACGAGUGGGAGCAAGAGCGCUAUAACUCGCUGCAAAUGAAGGGCGAGAUCGAGCGAUUACGCUUCCAGCUGCAAAAAUCUGAAGCUCAACGAAUUGAUGCGCAACAGCUUGCAAGUGAUCAGCUCGAGUCUAUCAACCAGCUUGUGUCACAGUUGGACAAGCUGAGAGAAAACGCUGGUUUGCCUUCUGGCAAUGCUUUAAACCCCGUCGACUCCUGUCCAACCUGCGGAGGCCACAAGACGAUAAAGAAUUCCUAUCAAGGCAGAGGUGGAAACAGUCACCGGAAAGACUCUGGUGCACAGCAAGAUGACAGUGCAAGAAGUUCCAGGACUGGUGACAACGAUAGUGUGCAAAGCGACUCCAAGAAGGCAUCGAAGCGAAAACACAGCGAUGAAGCUAGCAACGAGUCGAGCGAUGCUGCACCACCAAGAACCGCAAGUAAAGCCAUGAACCGCUCUCUUCGACCGCGAAGGAAAGCCAAAACGACUGCUUCUCCUAAGCGGAAGUAG